AUGGCCGAGAUCACCAUCACUGGCUGGACGACACGGGAUGUCCGGUUCCCUACCUCGCUAGACAAGACCGGCUCAGAUGCUAUGAAUGCCGCCGGCGACUAUUCGGCCGCCUACUGCAUCCUACAGACCGACUCCGCCUACACGGGCCAUGGCAUGACUUUCACCAUCGGCCGCGGCAACGACAUAGUCUGCGCCGCCAUCAACCAUGUGGCUGAGCGCGUCAAAGGACGCACCCUCUCCAGCCUGGUCGCCCACUGGGGCAACACCUGGCGCCACCUCGUCAAUGACAGCCAGCUCCGCUGGAUCGGCCCGGAAAAGGGCGUGAUCCACCUGGCCCUGGGCGCCGUCGUUAACGCCAUCUGGGACCUCUGGGCCAAGACGCUCAACAAGCCCGUGUGGCGCGUCGUGGCCGAGAUGACGCCCCAGCAGUUCGUCGACUGCAUCGACUUCCGCUACAUCACCGACGCCGUGACCCCGGAGGAGGCUCUCGCCAUCCUGCAGGAAUCCGAGGCCGGCAAGGCCGACCGCCUGCGCGACGCCGAGCGCAGCCGCGCCGUGCCCGCCUACACCACCAGCGCCGGCUGGCUCGGCUACGGCGAGGACAAGAUGCGCGGCCUGCUGCGCGAGACCCUCGACAAGGGCUACCGCCACUUCAAGCUCAAGGUCGGCGGGAGCCUCGAGGCUGACCGGCGGCGGCUGACCAUCGCGCGCGAGAUCAUCGGCUACGAUAAUGGCAACGUGCUCAUGGUGGACGCCAACCAGGUGUGGUCGGUACCCGAGGCCAUCGCGUACAUGAAGCAGCUGGCUGAGUUCAAGCCGUGGUUCAUCGAGGAGCCGACAUCGCCCGACGACAUCCUCGGCCACAAGGCGGUGCGGGACGCCCUGCGCCCGCACGGCAUCGGCGUCGCCACGGGUGAGAUGUGCCAGAACCGCGUCAUCUUCAAGCAGCUGCUCAUGGCCGGCGCCAUCGACGUCUGCCAGAUCGACGCCUGCCGCAUGGGCGGCGUCAACGAGGUCCUGGCCGUCCUGCUCAUGGCCAAGAAGUACGGCGUCCCCAUCGUGCCCCACUCCGGCGGCGUCGGCCUGCCUGAAUACACACAGCACCUCAGCACCAUCGACUAUGUCGUCGUCAGCGGGCAGCUGUCCGUGCUCGAGUACGUCGACCACCUGCACGAGCACUUCCGCUACCCGUCUGUGAUCAAGGAUGGAUUCUAUCAGACCCCCACAGAGCCGGGGUACAGCGUUGAGAUGAAGCCCGAGAGCAUGGACCGCUAUGAGUACCCGGGAGGGGAGAGUAGUUGGUGGAAGAGCGAGGAGGCUAGGCCGAUAUUGGAGGGAGAGAAGAUAUAA